AUGCAUUCCAUCUCCUCUUCUUCUCAUCUUUCGAUCUCCUCAUCCCCAUUCCCAUGCUGCAAAUCAUCCAUAAUUGUGAUAAAGAGGAGGAGGAGGAGGAGUUUGCCCAUCUCCGAACCUCAGCAAGGUACUCAUUCCCCUGUUUCUCAUCUAUUUCUCUCCACUAGAAGCACAGCACCACUGAAAGCUCCCACUUUUAGCACAAACUACAAAUCAUGCACUAGACAAGACCUAGAUGCUCCUCAAACUUCAAAAACUGAAAUUCAUGAGGUUAGCACCAGUAAAGUUGUUAACUUUGAUGUGGAAACGGAAGAGGAACAGGUGAAUUGUAGGGUUAAUGGAUUAUUAGAUGUGGAGAAUAGUGGGAGGAGAAGUAGUAGGUUGCAUGUUGGUGAUUUGGUGAAAAAAGUUAUGAGCUUGCCCAUUGAGGAGCGUGUCAAGGUUCUUGAUCUGUUGGAUUGUGAUUAUAGAGAUUUGACUGUUUCGGAUUACAAUGAUAUCCUCACAGCUCUUGUGAAGGCAAGGGAAUUUGAUUCUGCUGUGAAUUUGUUCUCUGAGCUCCCAUCUCUUGGAGUUUCUCCAGAUUCAUGGACUUAUUCAGUGAUGAUUCAGUGUUUGUGCAAGAAGAAUGAGCCUGAUGAGGCAAAACGAGCUUUGGAUGAGAUGAUGGAAAGGGGUUUUGUGCCAAAUGUAGUGACUUUCACUGAGUUAAUUACUUGUUUGUGCAAGAGAGGUAGAAUGGCAAUGUCUUUCGAGAUUUUUGAGAUAAUGAGGCGAAUCGGUUGCGAACCAACUGUUCGAACAUAUAAUUGUUUGAUCCAAGGUUUGUGUUAUGUUGGUAGAGUGGAGGAAGCACUUGAGCUAUUGCACAAGAUCAAGAAGUCUACAAAGAGACCGGAUAUAUAUUCAUUCACUUUGGUCAUUGAUGGAUUUUGUAAGGUUGGAAGAUCAGAUGAGGCGAGGGAGCUACUUGAUGAAGCUCUGGAAAUGGGUCUAGUUCCGAAUGUUGUCACAUAUAAUUCUCUUAUCGGCGGGUAUUGCACAGAAGGCCGGCCUUUGGAAGGGAUUUGGGUUUUGAAGGAGAUGGAAGGAAGAAGCUGCCCUCCGGACUUCAUCAGCUAUAACAUUCUGCUUCAAGGCUUGUUGAGAUUUGGUUUGAUAUCAGUAUCAUUCCAGACUUAUAUGAAAAUGCACAAUGCAGGGUUUCAAGCAUCAGAAAGAGUGAUGAACACACUCCUUAGGGGCCUUUGCCGUAAAUCUACAAGAAAUGACGAACCUCUCAAAGAAGCUAAGGAGUUGUUUGAGCAGAUCAUGGAAUUGGGUUAUCCCCUAUCCCCUUACACAUACUGCCUGAUGGUGCAAGCUCUUGCUGAGAAAGGAGAGGUUAGUCAAGCUUUCAAUCAUUUGCUCGAAAUGAUUGGGAAAGGUUAUUCUCCAAGAAUGCUGACAUACAACGUCGUUCUCCGAGUUCUCUGUAGGGAUGGUAGAGUUGAUGAUGCAAUGUAUGUUUUCAUUCUUAUGCUUGAGAAAGAUACAAUUCCUGGCAAGUUCUCUUUUAGUGUCUUGAUUGGUGAGUUAGAAAGGCAAGGAAGACUGCUGGAUGCUUAUGGAGUGUAUGCAGCUGCAGUGAAGUGGGGUGUAGUUCCCAAAAGGAUACCAGGAAAACAACUGAAGGCUGGAAAUGAACAUUUUCAUUCAAUACAAGGAGAUGAAUGCAAAGAAUGA